UCCUAUAAAGCUAAAUCCAGGAUCUUAUAGAGAUGAGUUGACCUCGCUACUUGCUCCUGUAAACUCGAGAGUUGUGUUUAGGUUGGCCACUUAUGGCUUGCUACUGUGAUACAAACUCGACCCAGUCAGUUGAAGGAAUGGCUUCACAUAAUGCUAAAAGCUGUUUAGAAUUUUUCAAGCAAAUAGGUCGAUUAAAGCAUAUGAAAAGAACUGGAUGGGUUCUUCGUAAUGUCAGUGAACCUGAAACUAUAUCUGGUCACAUGUACCGGAUGGCCAUUAUAUCAUUUCUUCUUGACGAGAAUGAUAAUGUGAACAGAGAUAGAGUCAUGAAGAUAUCACUGGUUCAUGACAUGGCAGAAAGUACAGUGGGUGACCUCACUCCACAUUGUGGGGUCUCGGAGGAAGACAAACACAAACAAGAAGUGGCAGCUAUGGAGCACUUCAUAACCUUGGUUGGAGAAAAAGCAGGAAAUGAAAUGUUUAAUUUGUUUAUGGAAUAUGAAGAACAGAAAACACCAGAGGCAAAGCUUGUAAAAGAUUUGGAUAAAUUUGACAUGAUCUUGCAAGCUUUUGAGUAUGAGACAAGUCAGGAUCGAAAAGGAUCACUGGAAGAAUUUUUCAAGUCAACUGAAGGCCAGUUUACCCACCCUAAGGUACAGCAGUGGGUUGAAGAAUUAUACAAACAAAGAAGUAAAACGCUUAAUGAACCCGAUGAAUGCUCGUAAUUUAACUAGUAAUUGCUUUGUUGUUAAAGCAAACUGUGGUACUGUUUUGUAUUCUAUGACUCGAAAACCUUUGCUUUUUUUUUUUUUUUGUUUUUACGUAGGUAUGUUUAUUUUCCUUUUUAUAAUGAAUUUUUUUCCAAUCACUGUUUUUUAUGUUUCCUAAUAAGUGAAGAGAUUGUAAAAGCCCAUUCCUUAGCCAUUUCAAAACAAGUAAUAAUCAAUAAUAAGAUCAUUACUUCAAGGAUAUUGGCUCUUGAUAAUUUUCUCAUAGAUGAAAAAGACCAUAAAUUGCUUGAUUCUGAUUCAGAUGUGAUUUUUUUUCUACAAAGAAUGACUCGACACAUGGCUAAGAGAAAACAUUUCAUCUAGUCCAUGUCAAUAAGAAAGAUAAGCAUAUUAGUAAAAAAUGUAAUUUAUUCACAAUAGUGGUGUUCCUAUAAUUAAAUUAAGUCAUGAC